CAAAUUUUUUUCUAAUCAAAAUGAUCGCUGAUUAAUGAUUUUAGUGAAUGUAGAAUGCCGAAUUGCUGAUCAGUCAUUGAUGAAAAUCAAUAAUUUGUGAUCAGUUACGUGGUUCAUUUACUAUUCACUAGUUACGCAUGACGAGCUGAUUGAGCCAAAAUCGCUGCUACGAAAACUACGACGUGAGUGAUUCGAUGAAGUGAACGUUUAGCAAUGAACUCCCAGCCACCGCUGUCUUUUCAGGAUGCAGUAGCAUCGGCUAUAUCCGAAGGAUCAGAUACAGAAAAUUUAAAUUUAACCGAUAAUUACGCGUAUGAAGGGCCUCCUCUCAAAGCUAUGAAAAUCAAACGAUAUCAACUACAUCCCAAAACAUAUUCUCCUAAAUGGGAGCAAGAUCCAAAUUAUAAAGGAUGGGUACAACGAAGUAAAAAGGGAGACGGAUUUUACUAUUGUCUCGCUUGCAACCAGGAUUACACUUGUGGAAAAUCGGAAUUGGAUAAACAUGCUUCCUCUAGAAAACAUUGCAUAAAUAUGAUGAGUUUACCUCAUCUUAAUAGAAAAAGUGAUAAUAGUAAUCAGUACAAUAAAACUGAACCGUCGGACAGCGUCGAAGAUCCUAUUAUAAUGGAUCCACAUGAAUUCGGAGCGUCUUCGACGUCGGAAAAUUCUCAAGGUUCUUCUCUAGAAAGUAAAGAAGAAGCCUUCGGAAAAUAUAUCAUCAGUGAGCUGAAAAGAAUAAAGAAAAAGAAAACGUACGAAAUUGUAAAAUGGGAAAUAUUACAAGCUUUACAAAAAGCUAUGCUCCAAGAAGCCGAAACAGAAGAAUUCGAAGAUUGAAUUUAUUUCUGCAGUUAUUUUUCGAAUGUUCAUGUUUUCACUUUUCUAGCACGGAUCAACGAAAGAGAUUUCAUUUUAUAUGCAAUUUUGUUUUGACGGUGUGUUGAACUGGGUUAAAUUUUCCUCGUACAGCUUCAACGAUUUUCAACUUUUGUUUUUCUAAAGUCUACUUGAUGAUAAUUAAUUGUAAUGUAUUUGGUACCUAUACAUAUUCGUGAAUAUACAAUAUUGAUUCUUUUU